AGGUGGCUGCUAGUGUCAAGUCUCCGACAUAAACAUAAAUAGUGUGUGGAGAAGCAGUGGGUCUUGAUUCUCUGUGUGAAAACGAUGGCAUUGUUACAUAAAAAGAUAAGUGAAUUACCGGAGGAUGCCGUGCUAUUGGAUGAAAGGCAAGCGCUGCUGUACUUCAUGAAGCUGGUGGAAAAAUGGCCGGAUAAGUGGGAUGUAUGGGCAAUGAAGUACACCCCUGGCAUUUUGGGAGUAACGACGGUUGUGUCCAGUAUUUACAUCAACAACCACUAUCGAACAAAGCUCAAGCUGGGCACCUAUGGACGUCUUUCCAGCUACAUACCGGCUGUCGUCCUGCCGGCAAUUAUGACUACAUUCUUCCACAGAGUCUACGUCGUGCCGGACAUAGUGCUCGGUAAACAUCAGUGUCCGGUUUGUGUUCAAACCAGGGCUGGGUUAUUGCAGGCAGGAUUCAGCACUAUUUACCCCAUGCUGUUAGCUCCGAUGUCCGCUUUUAUGUUCGCUACCAGACAUUUCACCUAUCGUUUGCCUUCAAUUACCGAGAAGCCUAUGGAAGUAGUGAAGUUGUAUAGGAAGCUAUCCAACCCUAUCAUGAUGACGGUGAUUGGUCUGUUGGCAUUCAAUCUGAUGGCAUCGAUGUUCCUCACCGGAAAGGAAAUCCAGACAGUGUACAACAUUAAUAUAAAGCUACUGGAAUCCGACAAUGAGAAUCAGUUCAAGAGUUCAUGAUUGAGAACCUUAAAACUGAACUUUGUUAAUAUAAAUUAGUAAAUAAAAAUAUGUCCUUGAAAACUCGA